UCAAAUAUCAUAGUGAUCAUCAGUAAAUUCUUAUAUAACUACAACUUAAAUAACUACAAAGUGGAAUGUUUAUACGCUUUAAAGUAGAUUAAUCAAUGAAUCUCGUCGGAAAUAUAAUUAAAUAUAAUAUUGAUAAAAAAUAGUGCUCAUGUUGAUCGAAUAAGCCGGAUUUUUCUCUGUUUCCCACUCCUCCCUACUUUAACGUUCUUCCCACACCUUGUUACCUCACGGUAAAGAAUCCAAAAGUGUAAAAUCUCUAUGAAGUAAUACAUAAAAUUCAGAAGUACGAACACGUGCAGUGCAUGUAUGCUUUUCUUGUGACUCGUUCGUUUUACAAGUUCCAAAUAAUCGGACCAAUACGAAAAAAAGAAAACACCGUUUUAAAUAGUUGAUCGAUUAAAGCUAAAGAAGCGGGAAAUAUCGAAUAAUCAAUGUUAGAAAACAUGAAGCAGUCAAGACGAUUAAAAGAAGAAACGAAGGCAGAUUGUUUUACCAGUAUUAUACCAGAAGAAGGAAAGUCACAGAAACAUGUUGCGAAACAAGCCGGUAUCGAGGAAUUGAUACAAUUGCAAAGUAAAUAUGAAGGGAAAUUAACGGCAUCUCUCUAUUCCGGUACCCUGUUCAUUGCCGUCAUUGCGUUAACUGUCGCUUUAGGAGUUCUUUAUGUUAGCAACUAUCAGGAUUUAGCCCAAGUGAUUGUUCCCUUAUCUGUAUUGAUAACAUUACUACUGUCGUCGUUGAGUUUACUUUUAACAACACAACUGCCGUCAACUUUAACAUCUCGUAAAGCUAGGCUCCUUAUAGGUUUCGUUGCUUCUGCCACUUUAGGCGUUGGAAUUUUAAUCGUUCGUGCUUCAGUACCUUUGUUUAUCACUGUUCACGCAAUGAUUGCCGUACUACCGAGAGACGCUCGACAAACACCAACGAUCCUUGCAAUUAUACUGAUCGUUGCUCAUUUUGGCGGACGAUUCGUACUUUUCGAACAUUCAACAUACUAUCAAAUUAUUCAGACAUGCAGCGAAAUCAUCUUCCUAUUCGCUGCAGUUUUAUCGGGUUCAUAUUAUAGCAUAUUAACUGCAAAAGCACAUAAUAGGACGUUCUCUCGAACAAAAACGGUUAUCGAAUCUAGAAUAAAGUUAGAAUGCGAAAGAGAGCAACAAGAACAGUUGUUGUUGAGCGUUAUACCAGCUUAUAUCGCUGCUGAGGUGAAAAGGAGCAUAAUGUUGAAAAUGGCGGAUGCAUGUCAAGAGGCUAGUAAACACAAGCAAACCCGAUUCCAUGAAAUGUACGUGCAGCGGCACAACAAUGUUAGUAUUUUGUAUGCGGAUAUUGUGAACUUUACUCCGCUUUCGGAACAAUUGACAGCCUCGAAUCUGGUAAAGACGCUGAACGAACUUUUUGGAAGAUUCGACAAAAUUGCUCAAGAUAACCAGUGCAUGAGAAUCAAGAUCCUGGGUGACUGUUACUACUGCGUUUCAGGAUUACCCGUCUCUCGACCGAAUCACGCGUACAAUUGCGUGACGAUGGGAUUACAAAUGAUAGACGCUAUUAAAUUUGUUCGUGAAGCAACGGGAUUCAAUGUAGACAUGCGGAUAGGAAUACAUACUGGAAAUGUGCUAUGCGGUGUACUUGGUUUACGAAAAUGGCAAUUCGAUGUUUGGAGCGAUGAUGUGACGCUGGCAAAUCAUAUGGAAAGUGGCGGUUUACCGGGGAGAGUGCAUAUAACCAAAGCCACCUUACUUCAACUUGGAAAUCGUUUCGAAGUCGAGCCUGGCAAUGGAGGAUCACGAGAGAGCUAUCUUGCCCAGCAUAACAUCGAAACUUUCCUAAUAGUAUCACCAGAGAAAACCAAUCAAGAAGAUCGCACGAAUGAUACCGGUGAACACACACGCGGCCCUGUCUCCAUAUCGUCAAGAUCAAGACCAAAUAGUAAAAUGACAAAAUAUGUUGAAUGUUGGGGCGCUGAUAAACCCUUUGCCAAUAUCGCUGAAGCUACGCUUGCCAAAAAUAUUGGUCUAACGAGCAUCGCGAUGAUUGAAUCGAAUAUUUUGGCAAACAGCAAUUCCACUUGUUUCAUUGACGUAAAACAAUGGUGUCAGGGUAACGAAGGCAUGUCAUCACUCACUUAUCGGUUUAAUAACCACAACCAAGAACUUCAGUACCAUCAACAAAAUGACGAACAAUAUCCAUGGUAUCUUCUGGCCUCGACUAUCAUUUACGUUAUGAUCUUCGUUAUUCAGAUUAUGUAUUUACCGAGAAGUAUCACAAUUUAUAGCUGUUUUCUGCCAGUUUUAUCAUUAUUAUGCAUUUUUUCUAUAUUAUCUUGGUUAAAUAUCAAAAACAAAAUCGAAGGUAACAAUAUCUGGAGUUGGUUAACUUUGAACCGAGGAGUCAAAAUAACGGUAUACUUGAUUACGGUGUUUCUAACAAUUACUUCAUUUAUUCUUAGCGUAUUAUUAAACGAUGCUCAACAGACAAACAAAUAUGAUUCAAUCAUACCAUUACACAUAUAUACUGCGGUGAUGAGCCUAAUCGUCGGUUGGACGCAUUUACGUAUCGAUUUUUUGCUAAAAUUUUGUGCAAUGCUUUUCUCAGCAGCAGCAAUCUUAGUUGCGUUUUCGCAAGCCUCGGUCGCACAAUUAUAUUAUGCGACCCAAGUUGUAAAAAAUUAUCACAUUCAUUACCUAUUUCAAAUUGGUUGUUUGCUCGUACUUGUCUGCCUCGUGCUCCAUGUUUUAGACAGACAAAUUGAAUAUACAUCGAGGACGGAUUUUCUGUGGCAAAGUAAACUGAAUAUAGAGCAGGAUGAGGUCGAAACUAUGAGAGGUAUUAAUAAGAUUCUUCUCGAAAAUAUACUACCUGGUCACGUAGCAGAUCAUUUUUUAACGAACGUCAGAGCAACUCAGGAUCUUUAUCAUGAAAGAUACAAUAGUAUUGCCGUGAUGUUUGCAUCCAUACCAAACUAUAAGGAAUUCUACGACGAAACUGAUAUAAAUAAACAAGGAUUGGAAUGUCUGAGGCUUUUAAAUGAAAUUAUAUGCGAUUUUGACAAAUUAUUGCUUAAACCAAAGUUUUCCGGAAUCGAAAAAAUUAAAACUAUCGGUAGUACUUACAUGCUGGCCUCUGGUCUUAGUCCAGGGAAAGAAGAUACCGAAAAAAAGGAACCCUCGAAGCAACAAGAUCAUAAUAUAAUUAUUCUCGUUGAAUUUGCCCUUGCUUUAAUGACUAUUCUAGAUCAAAUUAAUAAGGAAUCUUUUCAAAGAUUUAAAUUGAGGAUAGGUUUGAAUCACGGACCUGUGAUAGCGGGUGUGGUUGGUGCACAAAAACCUCAAUAUGACAUUUGGGGUAAUACCGUAAACGUAGCGUCAAGAAUGGAUAGUUGCGGAGAAAUGGGAAAACUUCAAGUUACCGAAGACACAGCCAAAAUUCUAAUCGCCGCUGGUUAUAAACUAACGUGUCGAGGACCAACUUAUGUCAAAGGAAAGGGAACUUUAAUAACAUAUUUCGUAAAAACACCAUUCGAUGAUAAAGAGGAAAAUUCCUAAAUAAACGAUAUUCAUUUAUUUAGGUAUGUUCGUUUUGAAUUGAAGAAAAUAUAAGGAU